AGAGGAUCGCUAAUAACAGGGGGGACUCACUCCUCGUACGGGCUGCCUCAUGUCGGCCCUCUGCACUCAUACUGCGGACACACAGCACAGCGCUCUCUAUAUGGGGGACACCGGAGCGACCGGGCAGAGUAAAGGGGGCGGAGACACCGGGGGACACACAUCUCCACCAAUCACAGCCCUAGAAAACAGGUUACCUUAGUAUAGCACAACCUACGUGUGAAGAAAAGGCGGGGCGAUGACGUAGGAAGGGCGGAAGAGGAGGUGACGUCAUCAGAGAGGGCGGUCCGAAGGAUGACUGCAGCGGUCGAAUGAUCGUCAAGCCGUGGCGCAGCAGGGAGGAGUAUGCAGGACGCGGAGGGCCCUGGGGAUGGACCCUCAAAUGCCCCUGUGUGUGAGUCUAAAGGAAUAGAUGGAGCCCCAAGAACGGCGCCCUCCCUGUGUCAGGAGAGGAAUAACACCAAGCGGAGCUUAGCAGAUUACCCCAGGCGUAGGAGAAAGCCGACCAAAACACAUCGCAACCCAAGCAGCAGCUCUCCAGAACAAAUGUCUCUGAACGUUGCGAAUGAAUUUGAUGCUUCUGGUCAGGAUAAUGAGGCAAGUGCCAAUCAUUCCUCAAACAAGCUGCUGAGUGGGUACAAAAUAGAGGCCCGCGACAAUGACCUUUCAGUUGGUGAGUUGAAGACUCACACAGGGGAGAAGAAUGAAACCAACAACAAUGGAGGACCGGAGUGCCCUGUACCAUCCUGCGGGUCACGAUUUUCCACUAGCCGAAUGUUCCGAUCUCAGAAGGGAACCGGCACAAAAGCCAAGCCCUUCCUGUGCACAGUGUGCGGGAAAUGGUUCAGCCAAAAAUCCCUGCUCAUCCAGCAUCACCGUAACCACACCGGCGAGCGUCCCUACCCAUGCAUGGAUUGCAGCAAAAGUUUCACCUCGUGCUCUCUGCUCAUCCGCCACCAGAAGAUUCACACUGGUGAAAAACCCUUCGCCUGCUUGGACUGCGGCAAACGUUUCAGCGAGAGUUCCCAGCUGGUCCGCCACCAGCGCACUCACACCGGAGAGCGCCCGUACACGUGCAUAGAGUGCGGCAAGAGCUUCAGCGAGAGUUCCAAGCUAGUCAUCCACCAGCGCACUCACACUGGCGAGCGGCCGUAUUCCUGCAGCGACUGCGGCAAGAGCUUUAGCGUGCGCUCACACCUUAUCACGCACCAGAGGACUCACACGGGUGAGCGCCCCUACACCUGUAACCAGUGCGGCAAGAGCUUUAGCGAGAGCUCCAAGCUGGUGAUGCAUCAACGCAUUCACACCGGCGAGCGCCCUUACACAUGUGCCACCUGUGGCAAGAGCUUCAGCCAGCGCUCCGUCCUGGUGACCCACCAACGUAUACACACGGGCGAAAAGCCCUACACCUGUCCCGAGUGCGGCAAAUGUUUCAUCGACAAGGUGGGCUGCGACCGCCACCGCGUCACGCACAGCGACGAGAAGCCUUUCCAGUGCCCCCUUUGCGGCAAGAACUUCAGUCGCAACUCCGACUACAACAAACAUCAACGUACCCAUACCGGAGAGAGGCCGUAUGCUUGCCCACAGUGCGGCAAAAAUUUCAGCUGGAGUUACCAACUCGUCCGCCACCAGCGCGUCCAUACUGGUGAAAAGCCUUACAUUUGUAUUGAAUGUGGGCAGAGCUUCUGCUGGAGCUACCAACUGGCCACCCACCAGAAAUCGCACACGGCAGAGAACUCCUUUGUGUAAAUAUGUUAUUUAUUAAAAAAAACGUACUCACCUGUUGGGCAGUUGUCCAUCCUGUACCCAAUAUCCAAUCGUACCAUAGAGAGUGUCUCAUGCCCCAAUUCCCCAUCAUAUCUGUGAAUGGCUGGAUUUUUGUCCAUCUUGUACCCAAUAUCCAUUCACAAACAUUUGGUGCAAUGGCGGAAUGGGGUUGGCCUGCACGCAACAUUCUGAGUUGGAUUGUAGAUCACAAAUGCUUGUGGUGUUGUCCUAAGGCCUAUUGAGCCUUUCCAUUAAAAGGAAUGUUUACAUACAGAUGGCAACCUUGGGUCAUUAAGACCUGCAACUUGAAGUCCACAUUUAGUGGUAACCAUGCCAAGCCAAUAUAUCUUGCCAUGUUAUAUUCACAUUCAUGGAUUAAAAAAAAAUGGAGGCAACAUCCACCUCCUUGUUUUUGAUUGUUUAAGCUCUCGGAAACCUCUCACAGCUUGCUUUGGAAGGGCCAUGACUCUGUGUGAGGAGCAACAAGAGUUAUUGUAAUCUGUGGACAAAAGUUGGCCAUACACUAGUAGAAUAAAGGCCCAUACACAACAAUCUGACAACAAACCUCCGACGGACCUGUUU